AUGUCACAAAAGGUGAAUGUCCUUACACACCCUAUCAAUUCAACUAGCGAAGAAAACGCCAGCGUUUUCUUCAUCGGAACUGCUACUACAGUUCUUGAAUGGCGUGGUUUCCGCAUUUUGACUGAUCCGAAUUUUCUACAUGCAGGGGACCAUGUGCAUCUUGGACCUGGAGUAACUUCACAAAGAAGGACAAAUCCAGCUGUUGAACUGGAUAAAUUACCUCAUUUGAAUUGCAUUUUACUGUCCCACUACCAUGAGGAUCAUUUUGAUCGGAUAGUCGAAGAUUCGCUCAAUAGGAACUUCCCUAUUAUUACGACCCCGCAUGCGAAAGGAUGUCUGACCUCUUCAUCUAGAUCAGAGCCUUUCAAGUCUGUUUAUGCCCUCGAUUUCUUUGAAAGCAUGCUUUUGGAAUGCCGAAACAGCGGCAAGACAGAAAAAGACGAAUCAAGGACAUCUGCGAUAAAAGUAACCGGCAUGCCAGGAAAACAUAUCCCUCCCGGCCCUAUCUCAAAGUUGAACGACUUUUUGAAUGCUGUACCGCCCACAAAUGGAUGGCUCCUUGAGCUGGGCUGGGUAACUGGCUACCGCAUCUAUAUAUCUGGUGAUACAUUAUUUGUCGACGAGUUACAGGAGAUUCCAAAGUGGCUUGAAGGGAAGCAAGUUGAUCUUAUGCUAAUUCAUCUUGGAGGCACCACAAUUCCAAGCGCCCUCGCUCCGUUGGUAAUGGUGACUAUGGAUGCCAAACAAGGGCUCCAGUUGAUUCGUCUUGUUAACCCAGAUAUCACAAUUCCUAUACAUUACGACGACUAUGAUGUUUUUCUUUCGCCAUUGUCAGACUUUAUGAAAGAGAUCGAGCAUGCUGGGCUACAGAACCGAGUCGUCUACCUCAAUAGAGGAGAGCAAUACCAAUUCACUGUACAAUAACAUUACAUUUUACUUAUAU